AUGGAUCCAAAGCUGUUGUUCUGUUUGCCACAAGGAGAUGCAUUGUUUAAUCCUCUUAACACUAUGUUUAUUCAAAUGGCUUGCAUUCUCGUCUUCUCUCAGUUGUUCUUUCUCCUGCUCAAACCAUGUGGUCAAGCUGGUCCCGUUGCACAGAUUCUUGCUGGGAUCGUGUUGAGCCCUGCUCUGCUCUCAAGAAUCCCUAAAGUUAAAGAAUUCUUCCUCCAGAAAGAUGCAGCAGAUUACUACUCAUUCUUCUCAUUCGCUUUGCGAACAUCUUUCAUGUUCUUGAUAGGUCUUGAGUUCGAUCUACAUUUCAUGAGAAGAAAUUUCAAGAAAGUCACCGUGAUAACCAUUAGCUCUAUGGUGUCUUGCGGUCUCCUCAGCCUCGCAUUCUUCUAUCUCCUCAAACCUUUAUUACACAUCAAAGAGGACUACUUCACUUUCUUCUUGGUUCUGUUCAUUACCUUGUCCAACACGGCGUCUCCUGUCGUCCUCCGUUCAAUAGCUGAUUGGAAACUCGACACAUCUGAGAUCGGACGGUUGACUAUCUCCUGUGCAUUGCUCAAUGAAUUAACCAACGUGGUGGUCUAUACUAUAAUCAUAGCGGUCGUAUCUGGUGGUUCCUUGAUUGGUGAUUUCUUCCUAUUUAUUUUCAUGACAGGAGCCCUAAUCUUGCUCAAUAGGUUUCUAGCUUCAUGGCUCCCAAAGAGAAACCCUAAAGAAAAAUACCUAUCAAAAGCUGAAACUUUGGUCUUCUUCAUCUUCCUUCUCAUCAUAGGCAUAACAAUUGAAUCAUACGAUGUUAACUCAUCGGUUUCGGUUUUCAUCAUAGGCAUUAACUUUCCAAGGCAAGGAAAAACUCAUAGAACGUUGAUAAACCGGCUUAGUUACCCGAUCCAUGAGUUUGUUCUUCCGGUUUACUUUGGUUACAUUGGAUUCAGAUUCAGCAUCAUUGCAUUAACCAGACGAUACUACAUUUGUCUUGUUAUUAUAUUGAUUCUAACCUUAGUUGGGAAAUUUAUUGGUGUGAUAAGCGCUUGUAUGUACCUGAAGAUCCCUAAGAAAUAUUGGCUUUUCUUACCAACCAUACUCUCUGUUAAAGGUCAUGUGGGUCUUCUUCUUCUUGACGCAAACUACGACCAAAAGUAUACUUGA